AUGCCGAAUCCGCUCCUGUUCGUCGGCAAGGGCGCGGCGCUGACGGCGGCGGCCCGAGCGGCUGACAAGGCGAACGAAGGCGGCGGAGCAUUCCAGCGGCUGGGCGAGGGCCGCGGCGCGGCAAUCCGGCUCGCGUGGCCGGCGGAGGCGCUGCACACCGUGCCGCACGAGAGGCGGGCGGCGGCGGGCGACGCGGACGACCCGUUCGCGCACGGCCGUCCGAUCACCAAGAGGGAGAGGCGCGCGGCGGGCGAGCUGCGCGCCGUGCAGCACCAGGAACGUGCGGAGGCGCCCAGAGAGGCGGAGCAGGCGGCGGCAGAGGAGCGGACGGCGGAGCAGGCGGCGCUGCUGGCGCCGCUCGCGGCGACGGACACCACGGCGCGCCUGGCGAAGCGGAGGCGGAGCGCCCUCGUGGCGGCGGCGAGACGCCAGACGGCUGAAUCGGGCUACGAGUCCACGUUCGAGGCGCCGGCGGUGACUGGCCGCAAGCGAAAGGUGUCGGCCGACCGCGUGGGCUGGGACGCCGCUUCGGACCGGUCGGUCCUUGCGAGCUAUAAGGCGCUCGGGCCUUGCUGGAAGGGCAUCGCCUCGAGGCUUCGCCAGGACACGGGCGAGGCACGCACGGGCGACUCUGUGCGCAACCGCGUCCUGCGCCUCAAAAAGCUGGGCGAGAAUGCCGACAAGAAUGGCGACUGCUGGACAGAGCAAGAGGUGCAGUGCAUCAGCCAGGGCGUUCUCGACGGCCUCCGCUGGCACAGCAUCGCCUUGCAGCUCCCCGGCCGGACUGCGAGCUCUUGCCGCAACCGUUGGGUGCGCCAGAAGCAGAAGGAUUUGGCGCGGAUCGGGGUGGAGGCACGGUCGGCGGCAGAGGUGGACCAGGCCUGCCGGCGCCACGGCCUUCUCCCGACGCGCAACACACACGGCGGUCGGACUGAGCCAGUCCCCUUCUCUACGAAGCGAUCCGCCUUCCAGACGGGGCCGCAGCCACCACCGCAGCUGAUUCCGCCAAAGCCACCCCAGCUGCCGAUGCAGCCGCAGCAGCCGCACUACGUGGUGCCGGCGGAGUACCAUGACAUGGCAGCCCCGGUCGUGACCAUGACAUGGCAGCCCCGGUAUCUCCCCAUCUGCGAGGCGCAGUUUGUGGCGGGGCCCUAUCCCUCCCACUUCCAAGGGAUGCUGCCACAAGCGUGGCAGCAGGCACCCCACGGAAUGAUGCCGGUCGGCGCCGCAAUGCCGGGGUGGCACUUCGCCUCCGCCCCUGCCGCGCCACCUGCACCCGCCUCUCUCGCCCCAUCGAUGGCGGCGCCCCGACCGGCGGCGGCGGCGUACGUGGCGGCUGGGGUUGGGGCAGCGGCGGCGAGGGAGGCGGCGGCGGCGGCGGCGGCGCAGGAGGACUCCAACGCUCGGGAGCACGAUGCAGAGCAGCGCUACUACGCACGGCUCCGCUCCCUCGUGGCUCAGGGCCGGCUGCCGAAGGGCGUGGCGGACCGAAUUGUGUUGGGGGGGAAGAGCGAGAGCUCGAUCGCCGAAUGA